AUGACAGCUGACAAAUUUGCACGUAAAAGGAUCAUUGGAAAGCAUAAAGACCCAGAUAGUGUAGAUAGCCAUGAACCAAAGAGGCUGCUGCCAAAACACAAGAAAGAUUCCAGUGCCUAUAAGGGGAGAUUCAUAACUUUAUCAUGUGUGACAGUCUUAGCCAUUUUAUUAGUGGGGUAUUUUCUCUAUCAAGAAAGACUGAAAAAUGCUGUCAAUACACCACUUAAUUCUCCUAGAAUUAUUGAAGAUGAUACGUCAAGUUCUAAAGUUACUCCAGAAAGAUUCUGGGGCUCAUACAGACCUCACACAUAUUUUGGUCUGAAGACUCGAAGUAAGAAUUCUCCAGUUGUGGGGUUGAUGUGGCUGCAGCAGUUUACUGGUAGGAUGCCCCCACCAAUUAGACACUGGUGCAACCAGGAUGACAAGAUUCAAGGAUAUGGUUGGGUAGCCCAUGAUGGGGUUAAUUUUGGUGUUCAAGAAAUUAAUGAAGACAAUUUUAAGUUGAAUACAUCAUUUGUUAAAAGAAUGGGUGGAAAACAUGGUGGAGAUUGGACUGCAAAAGUUAUUGUUACACCAAAGGUAAAAUUAUCUAAAUUGGCAUCACCUACAUAUGUGUCAUUGAUGUUUUACAUGGCUUUAGAUGGACAGGGAAAGGUUGAUACAGAGAUGGUGAAAAACCGUGUGUCUGGCAUCAAUGGAUAUUCUGAAGAGCUUGGAAACUUUAAGAUUUCUUUUCCCAAAGUUUCAACCAAGGGAGCAAAAUAUAAUCACUUAGUUACCCACACAACAAAACUGGACAAAUUGAAAGAUGUCAUGAUGGAAACUAUAAAAAUAGAGGCAUGGGAUAAGGCUAGAACUAUGCCAUAUUUUAUUUUGGGAGGUCGAAGUGUGCCUAGAGAUAGUGGAGGUCCAAAUUACAUUGUCCAUCAAGUCACUGCUCAGUUGCCUUUAGAAAUGGAAGUGAUAUUUGAAUCUGGGUCAGUUGAAGACAGAAAGGAAACUCUGUCUGGAGAAAGUUAUGACGAAACUCUUAGCCAACAUCUGGUUGAAUUUGACAAUAAAUUUUCAGAUCUUUUCCAGCAUCGACAAAAUGGCUAUAACAACUCAAUGGUGGAUUUUGCUAAAUUUGCAAUGUCCAAUAUGAUUGGUGGAAUUGGUUAUUUUUAUGGCUCUUCAUUGGUCCAAUCAAAAUAUAACAAAGAACCUGUUGAAUAUUGGAAAGCUCCUUUAUACACUGCUGUCCCUUCUCGGCCAUUUUUCCCCAGAGGUUUUCUGUGGGAUGAAGGAUUUCAUAAUCUAUUAAUUCGAGAAUGGGAUGAGUCAAUUUCAAAAGAUAUUUUAUUCCAUUGGAUAGAUUUGUUGAAUUCUGAAGGUUGGAUACCUAGAGAACAGAUCCUAGGAGUUGAAGCCAGAGCCAGGGUUCCAAGCGAAUUUGUUGUACAACAAAAUGUUAAUGCCAAUCCACCUACUUUUUUCCUCCCUCUGCAGAAAAUUAUCACCAACAUGAUUAAAAGCAAUACUGACUCUGAUCGAAAGAUAUUGAAAGCAUUAUAUCCUCGAUUAAAGGCAUGGUUCCAUUGGUAUAACAGUACCCAAGUUGGUACACAAAGAUCAGUGUAUAGAUGGAGAGGAAGGGAUCCUAAUACUAACAAACAGUUGAAUCCUUUAACACUGACUUCUGGAUUAGAUGACUUUCCCAGAUCAUCCCAUCCUACAGAUGAUGAGAGACAUGUUGAUCUACGAUGCUGGAUGGCACUGGCUUCAGGUGUUAUGGCUGAUAUUGCACGUGCAUUGAAUGCAGAUUGGGAGGAAUACAGAGCCACAAAUCAAAUGCUGACAGAUAAUAAGCUAUUAGAUGAAUUACAUUGGUCUAAAGAAGGGCAGCAAUACAGUGAUUAUGGUUAUCACGCUGAUAAAGUGAAACUAGAACAACCUAAAAUUACUCUUCAACCAGGUCAACGACCACCUCAACAGCAACCAGACAAAAUACGAGUUGUCAUCACUGAUCCUAAAUAUCAAUUUGUGAAUUCUUUCGGAUACGUCAGUUUAUUUCCAUUCCUUUUAAAAAUAGUUAAUCCCACUUCACCAAAAUUAUUCACCAUUAUGAACAAUAUUAAAAACCCCAACAUGUUGUGGACAGACUACGGUUUGCGUUCAUUAUCACGUAAUGCAAGACUUUAUAAAAGAUUUAACACCCAGCAUGAUCCACCAUAUUGGAGAGGUGCUAUAUGGAUUAACAUGAAUUAUCUAGCUCUAAGUGCUUUAAACCAUUAUUCCUAUACUACAGGGCCUUAUCAAAACCUAGCUAAAUCAAUCUAUAUUGAUCUAAGAAAUAACCUAGUCAAUAAUCUGUACAGACAAUACAUUAAGUCAGGAUACAUUUGGGAAAAUUAUGACGAUAAAACAGGUGAAGGACGGGGCACUCAUCCUUUUACAGGCUGGUCAUCUCUAGUUGUUUUAAUCAUGGCAGAAAAAUAUUGAUGAAAGCUGGCUUUCUUUAGGUUUUUAUUAUGGAUGUCUUUGGAGAAAAAUGUAUUUGUGAAAAGUGUGACUGAUCAAGAGUAAAUCAGGGGUAAAGGUCCUUGUGUGAUUCGUUUUUUUUAUUCUGUAAGUGAUUUUAAAAUGAACGUCAUAUCGAAGGACAUUGAUUGUGCCAAUAAUUGGACCAAAUGUGUUGAAGUUCAGUAGGGUAUAGAUAGCUAAUGUUAAACUUGAAUUUUGGAUCAAGUCUGGAGAAAAGUAGGUUAUCUUUUCAAUAUCAGUGGAAGUAUUCAACUUUUUACCAUGUCAUUUAUUUCUAUUUGUUACAUUAAGAUUUGUUUUUAAUGCUUGUUCUUUGUAACUCGUAGUUUUCAGAUGAACAGUGUUAAUGGUAAAAGCAAUAAAUCUGCUAUUCUGGAUUCACCGAAGGACCUUUCUUGGCUUUCCAGUGAAUUUUAUUAAUAGCAAGGAAAACUAGUGGAAGUUACCUCAUUUUCAUACUCGUAACAUUGUCAUAAUAUUUGUGCAUUUUCUUAUUUGUUAUGUAAUAAAAUCAUGCAAAUAAAAAAAUACAUUCAUACAGUU